AAAAAAAGGCUGGCAUCCAUUUAGAACUCACAGCUCCUAUCAUGAUAAAGCAGAUUUUGUUGAAGAGGGCAUUGCCCCAACCUUUGGGAGCAGCCCAGUCCAUUCUUAAACGAGGUUUGAUGACCAGACCCGCCACCAGUGCCAAAUCAUCCCCUUUGCACCGGCAAUUGACACUCAAUAACCGUGUGAUUCAAGGGUUUAUUCGGAUGAAUUCUCAAGCCCCAAAACCCCAGAGCGACGGAGAACCCGCAAAGGACAAGGCGGAUGGCGCCGUCCCACCCAAGUCCGGGUCCGAAGCAGUGGUGGAAGUGGCCCAAAAAAAGACCUUGUGGGAAAAAGUCAAGCACGAAGCUCACCAUUAUUGGGACGGUACCAAAUUGUUGGGAUACGAAAUCAAGGUUUCCACCAAGUUGAUGGUCAAGGUAUUUGCCGGUUACGGGCUUUCCCGUAGAGAGAGCAACCAGUUACAAAGAACGUUGGCAGAUUUGGUGAGAUUGGUGCCGUUUGCCGCAUUAAUUCUUAUUCCGUUUGCUGAAUUGUUGAUUCCAGUAAUCGUCCGUAUUUUCCCCAACUUUUUGCCGUCCACGUACGAGUCUACCAGUGAUAGAAAGAAAAAGAAUGCCAAGUUGUACAAGGCUAAAAAAGCUGCAUCUCAGUACAUUAAGCAGACGAUGGAGGAAAGUGGGCUCAAGUUGAGCAAAAUCAAUGACAAGGAAAGAGAGGCGUUUGUGUCAUUUUUUGACACCUUGUCGAUGGGAAAGCAACCUUCCAGGGAGCACUUAACCCAGGUGGCUCGGUUAUUCAAAAAUGAUCAGGUUUUGGAUAACUUGUCGAGACCUCAGUUAUUGGCCAUGGCCAAGUAUAUGAACAUCACUCCAUUUGGUACCGACUCAAUUUUGCGGUACCAGAUCAGGCACACGUUGUUGAACAUCAUCAAGGACGAUAAGGCCAUCGACUACGAGGGGGUCGAAUCCCUCACCAUCCAAGAAUUAAAGUAUGCUUGUCAACAAAGAGGUAUCAAGACCGUGAAUGUUUCACCCGGUAGAUUGAGAGAUGAUUUGACCACCUGGUUGGACUUGCGAUUGAGACAAAAGAUCCCUUCCACCUUGUUGAUUUUGUCGUCCACCUACACUUAUGGGGAAAAUUCCCAUGAUAUCGAAUCGUACUACGACGCUCUUUUAGCUGUUUUGAGUGCUAUUCCCGACGAGGUCUACAAUGUGGCCAAAUUGGAGUUAUCGGACGACUCUAAGUUGAAGUUGGAUAUCUUGAAGGAACAGGAUGAGUUGAUUAACGAAGAAAACUUGAGAGAAAAAGACACCGUUACCCAUGUGAAGGAUGAAAUCAAGUUGGACGAGUUGGAAGAAGCGGCCGAAGGUGGAAUCCAGCUGGAGCCUGAGAAUGUUUCUGCUGCCGUGGAAGAAGCCCAACAGCUGACCAAGUCGGAAGAAACCAAGUCGGAAGAAACCAAAGACCAACCUGAACCGAUUUCAACUGCCAAAUCAUCUGAAAAACUGAGGCCGACUGCCAGUAUGUGAGCCUUCAAUUGUAAAUAGAAGUAUUUAACGAAGUAUAAUGUGGAAAAACUAUUUAAAUAUACAUUAUGGAUGAACCUCCGAUAGCAUUACUGAGCACCAAAUCCUCCAGUUGAACCAAAUCCUCCUUCGCCUCGGUCGGUGGCGUCUAAUUGUUCGGCCGUGAUCUCUUGUACGUCGGUCAAGAGAAUCUUCUCCAACACCAACUGGGCAAUUCUGUCCCCUUCGGCAAUUUCGAAAUCCUUGUCAGAGUGGUUGAAGAGAAUAAUCUUCACCUCUCCUCUAUAAUCAGCAUCGAUGACUCCGGCCCCGGUUGAAAUCCCAUGCUUGGCCGCCAACCCUGACCGCGGAGCCACUCGUCCAUAGCACCCAACAGGCACCACAACCGUCAAAUCGGUUUUAAUCAUGGCCUGUCCGUGACCAGGAACCAACCCCGAUUCAGAUGAGUAGAUAUCAUAUCCGGCAGCCAAAGCAGAGCCUUUGGUAGGGACCUUGGCCUUAUCGGAUCUCAAUAAUACUUUCAAGGUGGCGACGUCUUCGAGCUUCUGUUUUUUAGCAAUUGGGUCAACUGUAGUGGUCAUUGGGAGAGUUUGGUGAAUA